UUGGUAACUUACGGGCUUUUUUGCUUAGCUGCAGGUUAUUGCGGGUGGAUUGAACAUUCUCUCAUAAACCAAGAGACAAUUUUAGGAUUUGAUGUGGAUGUCGGACCGCUAUUUCAGACGCCAGCCGAAGCAGCUCAGCAAGCUGUAGACGGUGAUGUGCACUGCAUUGGUGCAAGCAGCCUUGCUGCUGGUCAUCUUACCCUCAUUCCUGCUCUUAUCGAAGAACUUGCUAAGCUUGGCAGACCAGAUAUCCUUGUAUUUGCUGGCGGUGUAAUUCCACCCCAGGACUACGACGCGCUUUUCAAAGCAGGUAUUGCCGAUAUAUUUGGCCCUGGUACACGCAUUCCAGAUAGCGCUAACAGGGUUAGUUUCAUAAUUCGAAGUAUCUUCCGUUCAGAAAACAUUUUGCGAGUAAUAUUCGUUUUGCCGAUUUGA